AUGGAAAGUGGCAACGUUGUGAAUGAACAACCUGAAUUAUCAGGCAUAGUUGAUGAAACCAAAAGCUAUAUAUAUGAACAAUUAUGGAAUCUGUGUGCUGGACCUUUGUGUAAUCUUCCAAAACUUGGAGAUAAAGUUUAUUAUUUUCCUCAAGGCCACAUAGAGUUUGUUGAGGCAUCUACAAGAGAAGAGUUGAAUCAAAUCCAACAAAAUUUUGAUAUUCCUUCCAAACUUCAGUGUCAUGUUAUUGCUAUUCAUCGUAAGGUGGAAAAAAAUACUGAUCAAAUUUAUGCUGAGAUCACGUUGAUGCCAGAUACAACACAAGUUAUAAUCCCUACUCAGAAUGAUAGCAAUGAUAGGCCAAAAAUAAAUUUUUUUAAGAAAAUUUUAACGGCAUCAGAUACAAGCACCCAUGGGGGCUUAUCCGUUCCUAAAAGAGAUGCAACUGAAUGUCUCCCUCCGCUGGAUAUGAGUCUACCUGUGCCGACACAAGAGUUUCUUACUAAGGAUCUUCAUGGUAAUGAAUGGAGGUUCAAGCACAGUUUUAGAGGGACACCACGUAGACAUCUCAUAACUACAGGGUGGAGUGCAUUCGUAACAACAAAAAAAUUAGUUGCUGGUGAUGUUUUGGUAUUUGUUAGGGGAGAAAAUGGAGAGUUACGAGUUGGUAUCAGACGAGCAGGACAUCAACAAGGAAACACACCUUCAUCACUAGUAUCAACAGAAAGUAUGAGACAUGGAGUAAUUGUUUCUGCAGUUCAUGCUUUUCAUAGAAAAUGUAUGUUCUCUGUAGUUUACAAGCCAAGGUCAAGUCAAUUUAUUGUCAGUCACGACAAUUUUUUAGAUGCUAUGAACAAGAAGUUCAAUGUCGGUUCACGAUUUACAAUGCAGUUUGAGGGUGAAGAUUUCUCUGAAAGAAGAUAUUUUGGGACAAUUAUUGGAGUUAAUAAUUUCUCCCCUCAUUGGAAGGAUUCUGAAUGGCGAAGUUUACAAGUACGAUGGGAUGAAUUUGUAUCCUUUCCAAGACCUAAUAGAGUUUCCCCAUGGGAAAUCGAACAUUUAACACCUUCUUCAAAUGUUAUCCAAUCAUCUUUGCUGAAGAACAAGCGUUCUCGACAUGUUAACGAAAUCGGUUCAUCAUCAUCACAUCGCUUGCCUCCUAUAUUGAUCGAAGGCCAGGAAAUAGGACAGCCAAGCAUGACCUCUCCCAUGAGUAUUCCUCAACUCAGUAAUCGUGAUGCAGUUGAAGAUGCUAAGAAACCUUCUAAUGGGAUAAUGAGCUAUUCUGUCCCAUCAAUGCCUGACAGAUAUUACAAUAAUGAUCAAAUGAUUACACCAAUAAAAAAAAAUAUAACCAUCAAUGUAGGUGGUAGUUGCAGAUUGUUUGGAGUUACUCUGACCACUCCUUCAGAGAUCAAAGAUCCUGUGGAACCAAAUGACUCAUACCAAAUAUCGGAUACUUCAAAACUCUCUCAAGAGAGAAGCAAGCAGUUUAAUUCUAUUAGAAGUUGCACUAAGGUUCAAAUGCAAGGUGUAACUAUAGGAAGAGCUCUGGAUCUUAGUGUUUUAAAUGGAUAUGAUCAGCUAAUACAUGAACUAGAUAAGCUAUUUGAUCUCAAAGGAAAGUUGCAAACCCGCAACCAAUGGGAAAUAGUUUUCACUGACGACGAAGGCGAUAUGAUGGUUGUUGGAGAUGAUCCAUGGCCUGAAUUCUGCAACAUGGUGAAAAAGAUAUUCAUAUUGUCAAAAGAGGAGGUCAACAAUUUGAAGUCUGGAACCAACAUUUCAAGCUGAAUCAAUAAUUUAAAGAUCUUCUAACAUAUACCACCAUAAGUAAAAAAGAACUAUCCAUGACUAUGUUUUGUGGUGCAAUAGAGGUAAAAAU